AUGCCUCCCAAGAAGAAGAGUUCUAAAAAGAAGGAUAUCUUACCCGAUCCCAACACUCUUGAGGAUGGACAGUGUAACUACUAUAUAGGUUCCUGGUCUCAUUACCAGAGCAUUGAUGCCAUCUCCGAUAUUGCACAAAACGUAGUGGAAAAACACACAGCGGCUGAUGGGGAAGUGAUGCCGUUGCCAACCACUGUUGUUCUUAUCCCUGCUUGUUCACUUGGUGAUCCAUGUGCACACUAUGAUGUAUCGGUUGCUGAUAAGAUGCAUAUUGAGAGUGUUCCUCUUACGUCUAUGAAAACUCUCGAUGCAGCACAAACAGAAGUAAAGGAAGUUCAAGAAGAGGAAUUGGAUCGUGAUAAGAAACCCUCUGAGGAAAAGGAUAAAGUUGAAGAACAACCAUCCUCAAUGAAAGAGGAUGUUGGUGCUUCUUCAGUUACACACGAUGUAAUUAUACGUGGAACAAUACAUAUUGAUGGUAUUCUAACACGAAUUGUGGUUAAACCAGAUUUACCAGAAGAGCCUGUUGCUCCACAGACCAAGAAAAAAGGUGCGAAACGCAGAAAGAGUACUAAACUUUUGGAAGAAGAACAAAGACUUCUUGAAGAGCAAAGAAAAAUAUAUGAAGAGAAAGUUAAUGCUGCUAUUGCUGCAGCUCAUGAAGAAGAAGAACAUCGCAUGCAAUUUGCCCAUCCUGAUAGAUGGUCUCAUGUUGUUUUCGCUAAUAUGACUUUUGAGGGAACCGUUAUAGUUUCUCACGCCCAUGUAACCUUUCAGAAUUGUUGCUUUGCUGCAAAUAGUCCAGAUUCAACACAGUUACUUGUUGCACAAUAUUGUAAGGUGGAAUGUGUUCGAUGUACCUUUGAGCGUCCAAGAAAAUGUGCACUCUAUGGAUUUCCUAUGGCAGAAUUGAAACUGCAAAAGUGUUUAUUUACUGGUUCCAUGCAGACCUUUUCAAAUGAGAAUGAAAACGUGGAUUCUGCUCGUGAAAAGCGUCCUGAUGCUGUUGGAUUACAUACGGAUAAGUGUAAAGUUCAACUGGAGGGAUGUCGAUUCAAAGAUUUGGGUACUGGAAUUAUUUUUCGAGGCACUUUCCCAACUGGAAAUUCUGAAAAUCCUGUUAUGGUUGUUAAAAAAUGUGAGGUGAAAAAUAUUUUUGGUACAGGUGUUGUUUUAGAUAAUGUACGUAAAGUAGAAAUUGUACACUGUAAAUUUGAAGACUGUGGUUACUACGCCUUGGAUUGUGUAAAAGGUCAAUCUAUUCAUGUCUUUCAAAACGCUUUUAGUUCAGAGGUACGUGUUCAGAGUAAGGCGCAAGUUAGAUUUCUGCACAACAAAACUGCGACAGUUCCAUUGUCGUUAAAAGAGGUUGAAAAUCCCAACUUGGAACCGAUAUAUUGA